AGAAAACUCACUCUCAGUAAAUUUUCUUCCACAGUCAAUUAUGCUUCAGUAGAAGAGAAACCAACUGAUGCAACUGAUGAAAAACCAAGAUUCAUUCACCCCUCUUCUGUUGUUCAUCCUAAUGCCAUUUUGGGUGAUUAUACAAACACAACAAGAGCCUACUGAUGAAAUGGUGGUGGAGGUAUGGCCAGGAGACGCCUAACCUCUGGAAAGAAGUGGUCAACGCGAAGUAUGGGAAACUUGACAACUGGUGCACCAAGAAAAAUACAGCCCCUCAUGGUGUUGGUCCCUGGAAGUACAUUAAUAAUAUGAAGGAUGACUUCUUCCAGGAAGUGUCCUUUAGGAUUGGAAAUGGCACCUCUGUAAAGUUUUGGAAAGAUAAGUGGUUGCUUAAUAUUCCCCUGAAAGACUCUCAUCCUAGACUCUUCCUAAUAGCAACAGAACCAGACUCCACAGUUGCAAGCAACAGGGAUGGAAACAUUUGGGAUAUCCGUUUUAGAAGAAAUUUACAGGACUGGGAACUGGGCGAGAUCUUUGACCUGUUUAAAUCUUUGGAAAGGUUUCCAGUGAAUUCACAAACACCAGAUAGCCUGAAAUGGGGAGAAUCAAGCAAAGGGGUGUUCUCAGUGAAGGCGAGUUAUAAUAGGAUGAACACUAUCGAUGUUUUGACUGAUCCUUGGCCUUGGAAAUUGAUAUGGAAGACAAAAUUACCCACCAAAAUCAAGUGUUUUACUUGGACAGCCCUCAAAAAUGCCACACUAACUCUGGAUAAUUUUAAAAAGAAGAAGAUCCAUUUGGUGAACAGAUGCUAUAUGUGCCAAAAAGAAUCGGAGUCAGUAAACCAUCUUUUUUUGCACUGCCCUGUUGCAGCAGAUCUCUGGCACAUGUUUACAGCAAUUCUUGGAAUCAGUUGGACAAUCCCAUAUUGCUUAAAAGGAGCAGUUGAAAGUUGGAGCUUAUGGAAAAUGAACGAAACCAUCAACAAGAUCUGGCAAAUGAUACCUGCAUGUAUUUUUUGGUGUUUAUGGAUAGAGAGGAACAGCAGAUGUUUUGAUGGGACUUCAACUCCUAACUGUUCUCUAAAAUCAAAGUGCUUAGUUAACCUUUUUAGUUGGAGCAAUCUAUCCCCUGUGAAUGAUGUUAUCCCCCUUUUAGAUUUCAUUGGCUCCCUCUCAGUGGCUUAGUAGCCUUGAGUCUUUUGCUCAUGGUUUUAAACUCCCAGCUCUUAAUAAUUUUCUUUUGCAGUGUCUGGAGUUUUUAACCUUUUCUUUGUAAAGUUUUGCAUCUGCUUUAUGCUUUUGAAUAUGAAUAUAACAACUUACUUCAUCAAAAAAAAAAAAAUAGGUAUUGUACUAUACUACUAUACUUAACACAUCUUUAUAGUCGAGGGACUUCAUAUAACGUUUUAUCUUUGAAUCAGCUGACUUAGUUAAAUAUAGAAUAAAGUGGAGCUAAAAGAUCAGUAUAGGCAAUUCCAACUAGUUGAGGUUAGGGCUUAGUCGUUAUUGUACUUCUAUCAGGUUCAAUGUUUGCCAAUUGCUAAGAAUCCUCUUAUUCUGGUAAAACGUUAUAUCUCAACCCCAAAUAAAUUUGCCGUACAAGACAAUAUUUGUUAUUGUUAUUGUUUGGGCACGUGUGAGAUAUAGCGAAAUGAACGUAGAGGAUUCAUAUAGCCAAUUUGACUUAGUUUGGAUUGACACAUAGUUGGUUGAUUGAUUGAUCAAUCUGGAUAUGCCACAUUUCUUCCUCUGACACAAUUUAGCUUAUCCAAUUUACUAGAGAUGUUCAGGUGUAAAUGGUUAGGCCUUAGCUGAACUAGCAAUUUGCGGAUAGUUAAAUGAGCUUUCUCUGC